AUGGAGAGUGAAAGAGAUCCUGAAGAGCUUGCAUGCAGGGGUGGGAGCUCGGGGUUGGAGCUGACCAAGGGCCUGUUGCUGCAGCUGCGUGCAGACUGGGUUCCCCGGCCCAGCUCCCCGGACCCCCUGAGGCCCGGGUCGUUCCCACAGCCGUCCCGGGGGGCUCUCUCCGCCGCGCGUCGCGGGGCCCUCGCUGUUGCUAGGCUGCGGACUGGGGCUCCCGGCCCGGCCGCGCUGGUGGUGGCGGCGGAGGCGGCAGCGCGGAUGGCGGCGGAGCCCGGGCGCCCGUGGGUCCAGGCGCGCAGCGCGUACGGCGCGAACGAGGCGCUGCGGCGCGGCGCGGGGCGCCGGCGGGACCCCGGGCCGCAGCCCAACGGGCCGGGCCCAGAAGACGGCCGCGCCCCGGGCCGCUUGGCUCGCCUGCGGGGCCAGCUCCGGGCCGAGGCGGCGGCGCGCGCGGAAGCGCCGCGGCUGCUGCGGCUGGUGGAGCGCGCGGGGGCCGCGGCGGCGGGGCCCGGGGCGGCCGGGGCCGGCGAGCGGGAUGCGCACAGCGGCGGCUCCGUGUGCUCGGUGUGCGGGGAGCCGCGCGGCGGGGCCACCUACCCGGCGGGCGUCCUGGAGGUGAGCGAGCGGCGGCUGCGGGAGGGCCUGGCGGCCGUGCGCGCGGAGCUGGGCGCCGGGCUGGACGCGCUGCGCGCGGAGCUGCGGGCCGAGCUGGACGCCCUGCGCGCGCUACUGCCGCCACCGCCGCCACCGCCGCCCGCCCGCCGCGAGCCCCGCGCCGCGCCGCGCCAGGCCCUGCUGCGGACGCUCGGCGCCGUGAACGCCCUGGCCUCGGCCUCCAGGCCCGCCGCAGACGCCCUCGACGGCCCCGCCGAAGGCCGUGCUCACCGGGCCCCGGCGCGCAAGAAUCACAAGAAGACGCCGGUGCCGCCCGGGGCCCCGCAAGCUGGCGGGGACUGA